AUGUCCUCCGAGCCAGAAGAAAAAUGGGAACGAUAUGUUGUCCCCAAACUGCAGGAACUUGUUAAAAAGUUAAACCCGUCAUUAUUGUUGGAGGAUUUACGUACUUGUGGUCUCCUAACUUCAGAAGAUUGCAAUACCCUGCGACAUGACUGUUCCAAUGAAGAGGAGCGCACUCGGCAAAUCCUUUAUGAUAUCUUGCCGCGCAGGGGAAACGAUGCCUUUGAUCGCUUCUGCGAUGUCCUUCGUACAACCGAAGGACAGAAACACAUUCUAUCAGAAGUUUUGCAGAUAAAAUCCAUGGAAGAGUCUUCUGUAACCUGCAAAGAAAUCGAGAAAGUGCCACAACAGAAGGUUUCGAAUUCUAAUAAAUCAACAGUAGAAGCACAUGCUAGUUCACUGGCAGAAGUGGAGUCCCAAUGGGAGAGCGUGGGGCCUUGUCUCCCGGACCUCACCAAUGAGCUGCGUCCUUGUCUGUUGUUAGAUGAACUUCGUGAAAACGGUCUACUUACACGAGAACAAUACAUAGAGCUACAGAAUAAGUCAAUGAGUGAAGCUGAAAGAUCGGAAAUGCUUGUAAGUACAAUUCUUCCUCAGAAGGGAAACGAAUCAUUUGAAACAUUUUGUAAAGUUUUGAAUAAUGAGGAGAAGCAAAGGCAUAUUGUUAGUAAAAUUCUAAAAGCUCAAAAUGUAGCUUUGCUACCUAUCCAUAGUAGCAACUCUGCAACUGUUGUUGAAACGAUUGAGGAAUUCAAAUCUGACACUCAUGAGUCAUCCAGAAAAAGAAAACGCGUGGAAGCAUCAAAAGCCUUGCAAUCAACAUCAACAAGGUCUAAAAAGCUUUGUGUUGAAGAGAAAGUUAGAAGCGCAACAUUUACCUUCAGAGAGAAAGAUGAGGUCCUAGUCAAGCGCUGGGAGAAGAGUGUUGUCACUAUGUGUGAAAAAUGUUUCGGAAUGUUAGAAGAUGACAUACUGUUUAUGUAUUGUUUCCCAUUAGCUGGUCAAAAUGUUUCUACAUUCUAUGGUGACAUAGACAACAAGCUUGCUGUAUUCCAGCUUAAUCAUGUUGCCCCAGAGUUGAUUCGGAAGCACAAGCAUCGCCUAAUUGCACACAUUGCUGGUUUUAUGAAUGUGAGCGAAGAUCUCAUUUACUACAUGGAAACGAUCAAAGGCUCAACUCUGGUUCUGUUCAGCAUUCAAUUGAUUGCCUACCUUAAACUAUUUUCUGGUUUGGGAGUACAAGCAAAAUGCAUUGCAUUCUAUGCAACCUUGAAACAAACAUUUCCAGAGUUGGUUGUUGUCAAGUUCAAGUUAGGUGGUUUGCCUACUAUAAAACUGACAAGUUCAGGUGUCAACAGUCAAAACGUCAUGUUCAAGAAUGGAAGUGCAAUGAGAAUGUGGAGGAUGAACCAAAGGACUUCGUUGUCAUUGUCAAAGAUAGAUUCACAAUUCAAGGAUAUUGAGAAACAAGUGGAUAGCUUGUUUACAACUGUUGAUUUUUUGACUGACGAUCCAAAUCCACAAAGGUUUGAGAGUGAGUUCAGAGCUGUAGCAUUACAUACAACAGUCUUAGAUGAGACGAGCAAACAGAGCAUGGUGGUGAUGGAUGCUCUUGGAAAUAACAGACCUGACACUGCAUUGCAGAAAAUAUCAGGCCAUGAUUGUUCGGUUGCUGCUUGCUUUACUAGAAUGAAAGUGAGAGAGACGACUGUUGCAAGUGAUGUCUAUGACAAGAUUGAUGGGAUUAGAGGUAUUCAGAAGGACAUAGAGUUGAAGUUAUCACAAAGACCACAAUUGCAAGAGUUAGCUACUCACCAUUGCAGAUUGAUAGAAAGGUUGCAAACAAAAGUAGAUAAUCUGACCCUUGCCAGGAAACUCAAAGAACUCAAGCAAAUUGCUACCAACUCUGAGAAGGAAACCAAGGAAACAAAGAGAAAGAAAGAAGAAACAGUUAGUGACAUUGAAAAAUUGAAACAAAGAGAUGUUUCAGAUGUCAGUCAAAGAUACAAAGCAGGUUGUUAA